UAUUUAACAUUGUCCAUCGGCAGUGAAAAUUGACACUCGAGUCGGCUUUUUUCAAAAUGUGGAAACUUCUAUUAAUUGCUAUUUUGGCAAUAAAUAAUUGCAAUGCUGUGCUGGAGACUGAUGCCAAUACCCUGGUAUUGCUAGACAAUUUGGCCAUACGUGAAACGCAUUCAAUUUUCUUCAAAACACUGCAAGAUCGUGGCUUUAAAUUGACCUAUAAGUUAGCUGAUGACUCUGGGUUGUUGUUAUCUCGCUAUGGCGAAUAUUUGUACAAAAACUUGAUUAUAUUUGCGCCCAGCGUGGAGGAAUUCGGCGGCGACAUUAGCGUCGAGCGACUCGCCCAGUUUGUCGACGAUGGCGGCAACGUUUUGGUUGCGGGCAGCGAGAAAUCUGGUGAUGCGCUGCGUGAGUUCGCCUCGGAAUGCGGAUUCGAGCUGGAUGAAGAGAAAGCUGCGGUCAUCGAUCAUCUGCACUACGAUGUCAGCGAUGCGGGCGACCACACAACGAUUCUGACCUCUGCCCUCAAUCUUAUCGAUGCUGCCACCGUGGUUGGCAGUGAUAACCGUAAAGCGGAUGCAGCUCCACUGCUCUAUCGCGGCACCGGACUCAUUGCUGACAAGGAGAAUCCAUUAGUGUUGAAACUCCUAACGGCCGAGAGCAGCGCCUACAGCUACAAUCCGGAGUCGAGCGUCUCUGACUAUCCACAUGCUGUGGGCCGUAACACAUUGCUGAUUGCCGCUCUGCAGGCGCGCAACAAUGCACGCGUCGUGUUCUCUGGUUCACUGCAAUUCUUUGCCGACGAAACCUUCACCAUGGCCGUGCAGUAUGCACAGAACGGCGCCUUCCACAAGCAGGCGGGUAACCGCGCUGUCGCCGAAUCCAUCAGUAAGUGGGUGUUUGGAGAGAGCGGCCGACUGCGUGUAGCCUCUGUGCGCCACAACAAGGUGGGCGAGAGCAAUCCCCCAGAGCAGGCGUACACCAUUACGGAUCCCGUUGUCUAUACAAUUGCCAUCGAAGAGCUGGUUCAGGGCACUUGGCAGUCAUUCAAAGCAAAUGAUAUUCAGCUCGAGUUUGUACGCAUCGAUCCGUUUGUGCGCACCUUCCUUAAGCAGACGAAAGGCGGCAGCUACGAGGCCCGCUUCAAGAUACCGGAUGUCUAUGGCGUCUAUCAGUUUAAGGUCGACUACAAUCGCGUUGGCUACACGCACCUGUACAACACCACACAGGUGUCGGUGCGUCCAUUGGAGCACACACAAUACGAGCGAUUCAUACCGAGCGCAUUUCCCUAUUACACCAGCGCCUUCUCCAUGAUGAUUGGCGUCUUUGUGUUCUCAUUUGUCUUCUUGCAUUUCAAAGAGGAGGCCACCGGCGCGGGAAAAUCUAGCAAGGACGACAAGAAAACCCAAUAGAUCUAGUAUUAUAUGAACAAUCUUUUCGUAUAUGCAUCUAAAUGUGAACUGAGUGUGCAUAUAUUUCAAUAAAAUCGCAACAAUUUG